AUGAUCAGCAGGAUUUUUGUUGUGUGUGUUUUUGUGGGCGUGUUCAGUGCAGGCUCCACACUGAGCUGCAGAUGGAUGGAUCAUAAGUUCAGACAGUUCAGUGAAAACUCUCUGAAUCUGCUGGAUGCCAUGGCUCUUAAUUCCACUAACACCACUCAGGAUGCUACAGCGCCCUUUCCUCAUGAGCUGUACAGCCAGGUGUCCAAAGCAGCUGCCGAAGACAAACUCAUCUUCACAGUUCAGGUCCUGAAUGAGGUUGAGACCUUGUUCAAUAAGAAUCACAGCUUGGCAUCAUGGGAGGAGAAAACAGCGGACGACUUCCUGGGUGUAGUGAACCGGCAGGCUGAAGGCCUUCUCUCCUGUAUCCGGAGCCACGGCCACAAGAAGCACAACAAGAAGCUGCACAUGAGUUUCAAGAGACUUUCGCAUGUCCUCGACACAAUGGGUCACAGUGCUGAAUCCUGGGAGCUGAUCAGGAAGGAAGUCAAAACUCAUCUGAUGAGAGCCGACAGCCUGAUUUCAUCUGUGCUCAACGCCAACUGACAUACCUAAGCUGUCAACUUAAAAGAUCUAUUUA